AUGAUAAUUCCACAUAUCCGAUCACACGUUUUUUGGAAAAUCUUGACAUUAUUCACUUUUUUGCAUUUAUCCUCUCCAUUAGAAGUUAUAAUUGCCUAUGAUGAGAGCCUUUAUCCAGAUGAAAACUUUAUUCUAAGCAUAACUCAAUCGUUAAGUGGCUCUGUGGACUGGCACAAAUGCAGCAUCUCAAAUCUUCCUCGCUGCACUGACUAUUUUCCCACUGCGAGAAUUCUUGUAGAUUUAUCAAAUGAUAUAGCGACACAAAGCUCAAUUUCCCAUUUAUGCCAAAGUCGGAUUUUGAUUCAUUUAGUUCUCCAAAACAACGUGAAAUUUGAAAAUAAGUGAACUUUUGCGCUUGGAUCUUCCAAAACUCAGCAGAUAAAUGCUGUAUUGUCUGUACUGAGAUCCCUAAAUUGGACCCAAGGGAUCGCUUUUAACAAUAAAGCAAAUUAUGAUGUAAAAGAAGCCAUAAAAGAUUUUUCAUAUGACUUUAAUUUUUUGGCUGUUGAAGAAAAAUCAAGUAUUGAAGGGCUUAUCAAUAAAGUCGCUUUUCGAGAAGGCGCAACUGUAUAUUGUAUCUUUACAAACUGAGAAGAGUCAUUAGAAAUCCAAAAAAACUUAAAAAAAUCCAAACUUCUAACAGCUGGCAAUGGGAUUAUUCUUGAUCAAGAAAGCAGCUAUCAGUGUGAAACUGAUGGCGCUUUAAUAAUCACUGACUUCGCACACGAAUUUGCGAUUUCUUCUGACGAAUAUUUUAAAGACUCCAUCAUAAGUGCGGUUUCUUUCAUUAUAAACCAAACUUCAAAUGAAACCGCCUGAGAUAUUCAAAUCCUUAUGCAGGGCUUCCGAAAUAGUCCUAACAAAAACAAGUUUUCUUUGGUUAAUAUUCAGAACGGAAACAGAGUAGUCGUUGGGUCAAUUGUAAAUAAUAAUAUCCUCAUAACAAAUAAUCUGACUUUUCCCGGGCCCUCAAAUACUAUUCCAAAAUCUACCAAAAAAAUUUUGAAUUUGAGCAUAAACGCAGGCCCUACAAAUCCUUAUGCAUUGCCAGCAACAGGGGGUGUAAUUGCAGCUAGAGGGACUUAUUUUGCAAAAGAUGAAAUAAAUGAUGGCCACACUAUUUUGCCUAAUUUUCAUAUAGAGCUAUUUAGCUACGACUGUGGUGCUACCGUUUAUAAUGCAAAAUUUGCUUAUAGCUGUUUUCUCAACGACAUUGAUAAAUUCGGCUUUGGCCAUGUGUCAUCAUAUGCUUCCAAUGUAGCUAUUGGAGCAAUGCAGACAUUUAAGCUGCUCAAUGUAACAUUCCCAAUAGUUGGAUGCUCCAAUACAGACGCUUCAUUGAAUUCCACUGCAAAUUUUCCUAUGUUUACAAGGGUGGGCUACUCCAUUGCGUAUGCUUAUUCAUUGCUUUCAGUUUUGAUCAAAGUUAUGGGAUAUAAAAAAAUUGCGAUUUUAUAUCAAAAUGAUUCUUGGGCGAUCGGAAGGUCUUGAUAUUUAAAUCCAGCUAUAGAUAAACAAGGACUAGAAAUCGUGAACCCAGAAAGCACCUGGUAUAUUCCUGCAGGCCUUGACAGAGAAGGCUUAAAAAAUUAUGCAAGCACGAUCCAAAGGAUUGUUGACUCCCAAGCUAGGCUGUUGGUUUUGACUAUGCAGUAUCCUAUGUAUAACUUUUUAAUGGAGUUUUUUUAUGAUCUUGGCAUUAGAAAAGGUGAUUUAUUUUUUUUUGCGACUUAUUUGGAUCAGUUAACUGCUGCUGGAAAGGACGAUAUUUAUGCAUGAAAAAGGAUUGCAGUCGGAAUCCCUACUUUUAGGAUGCUUCCACAAAAUUGAGUAGGCAAAAAAGGAGCGAAUAUUAAAGAAAAAAUCACAUCUAUGUAUAUAGCCUGAUCAUGCUUUGAAUUGGACUUGUAUGAUGUCUCCUGAUGUUAGAUGGGGAGUUGAAGAACUAGAGCUCAUUGGCAAAGCAACUCCAUGGCAAAUCCAUUUUUUAUCGAAAUUUAUCAUCUGGGGGUUGACUUUGCUAGCAAACGUUGGUUAGAAAACUCCCCAUCUGACGACUCAAUCCCGAUCCAAAGCAGGGAUUGGGAUAAAGAGCCUACAAAUUCCUAUACUUGUCCUUAUUAUGAUGGAAUAUAUAUAAUAGCUCAUGCUUUGGAUUAUAUGAUAAAUAGAGGGCAAGAUUACACUGACCCUUAUAAGCUAGAAGCAGCUAUUAGAAACCAGCAAUUUCAAGGCUGCACAGGAAAAGUGACAAUUGAGAAAGGGACUAAUGAUAGAAUUGUUGACGUCUGAGACAUCGAAAUAAACCAGUUCGACGACGCAGGAAAUGUUAUAACUCAGUUUAUCGGGAAAUUAAAGCCUUUUUCCUCACAAAUUUUAAGUAUCACAAACCCCAUCAUUUAUCCUGAUGGAACUACUAUUAAACCUAGCGACCUAAGAAAUGAAAAUAAUAAAUGCCCAUUCCCUGAUAAGGACAUAAGGACUUUUCCUAAAGGGAGAGGACUGCUUUUUGGGAUUUGCUUUUUGGUUGCCUUGGUUACAUUUGGAAUUACUGUUUUAAUAUGGAAAAAAUGAUGAAAUAUAUCAGUCGACGAGCUGAAGAAAAAAGAAGAAAUUUCAGUCCCAGAUUUAAUCGUGGGAAUAUCAAUAAUCGUUGAAUUUUUCCAAUAUACGUCGAUGGGGCCUGAAACUUCAAUUUUUUCUUCAAUAGUUUCGAAAUUUGCUAAUUCUUUGUCACUGAAUUUAGAUGAUAUUUUAAAGAUGGAAAAUGGGGUAUUUUGGGUGGUUGUGGAAAUUGUUUUUGGAGGGAUUGGGCUCUGAGCUGUUCUAUGUGCUGUUGUUUUGUUAAGGCUUGAUGAAAAAUGGCAGUUUAUUUCUAUUUUUAAAUUUUUAUCAUGACUUGCUGACUAUCUCAUGCCGAUUUUAGGGAAUUUGUGCUUUAUUCCUUUUAUAUCGAUUUGCCUAGAUGUGUAUUUAUGUGAUCAAUCUGUUGGUGACGAUUUUACAGACAGCUUUCUUGCAAGAGAUUGCCACUAUUUUUGCUGAAAAGAUGAGCAUCUGGUAUAUGCAAUACUGUCUUGUUUGGCGUUGAUUUUAUAUGUGCCUUUGGCUAUAUUUUGUAGGCCGCUCUGGCAAGAAUUGCAGCUAAUGCUUCAUGUCAAAGUCGUUCCCUUAUAUUUAGUCGAAAUAAAUAUAAAUAAAUUUAUAAAAAGCAUUUCCUAUAAGCAGCCCGAAUGGGUUUAGUAACUGGGAGCUUCUCUAUUAGUUGGUCAGGCUAACUAAGGAUAUUCAUAGAACCUAUAUAUAUUAUAUUAUUUUAAAAAAAAAACCUCAAUAGUUUUUAAACUAAUAAAAUCAGAUAAAUUCGAUCUAAAAUUAAUUUUCUGAUAAAAAUCUUCGUCUAAUCUUUUUCUGAUAAAAUUUCUAAUCAAACAUUAAUUUUUUUUGAAAUAUGCCUUAUAUUUGAUGGUAAAAAGUAUUUUUCAGAUUUCAUUAAUUGUGAUGAAUAAAACUAUAAAACGAUCUCAAGAAAUAGCCCAUAGUGUUUUGUUUAUAAUAGUCCUGCUGGUUUAUAUUAUAUUUACUUUUAAAUUUAAGCCCUACAAUUAUCCAAGAUUUAGCUGAUGGCAAGGUUUAAGCCUAAUUGGUGUUGAAUGGCUAGCUUUUAUAUCUACGAUUGCUAUAGGGAUCCAGGAUGAUUUCAUUCCGCUUUUAGUAGUUUUGAUUUUUGGCUGGUUUAUUAUUGCCAUUGUUGGACUCUAUAUUCGGGUCCAGGUCCAAAAAUCAUACACUCUUUUGAUGGUGUACAUUUCACAGAAAAUAUUUGGUCAAAAUUGGUUGAAAUUUUUUCUUAAGUGAGACAUUUGUCACCAAAAGGUUGAAUUUCGACCAAAUGUCACGCUAUUUAAAAUUUUUCGACUAAAUGCACUUUCGAUAAAAUGCACACAAAUAAAACUACACAAUCAUUUUACAUUGAGCCCUAUAUUCAAAAGAAAAAAUAUCCCAGUCUGCUAUUUAGAAAAAGUACCAAAGAUACAUCAACUUUGUUUAAAUUUGCUUUUUCUUUUGGAAAAAGUGUUGGAUUUUCAAAGGGAAAAAUAUUCCCAAAAGAACAAAAAAUUACUUCCUUCCCCCUUCUUUGAGAAACCAUUGGAAAAAUCCCUAUUUUUUGAACAAAAAGUUUUUUUAAAAAAUAUUUUGAUAAUUAUAUAUUGAAUCUCUAGCUAAUUCUGCGAAAAUUUUAAAAUAGCUUGCAUUUUAAAACAUAAAUUUUACAAAUUAAACUAAUAUUUACUCUCCUCCAUGAGCGAACAAAAUUUUUUGUUUGUCACAGAGUGGCAGGAGCUAA